AUGGGCAAGAUGGUGACUAAGAAUCUGUGCAAGGCCAUCGCGGAAACUAUGAGGGAGGUGUUGAUCGGCGUUCCGAAGAACCGCGAGCAACCACCGGAGCCCCGGUCAGUGGCGGCGGUAGCGACAGGCGCCAUGGAUCCGAGCGCGCGUAGAGGGGCGCAUGCGGCGGCGGAACCCAAGCCACCGGGGCUCGCGGUCAGAAGGGAGACAGCAGUGGCGAAGCCAAAGCCGGCGGGGGCCACGGUUGUGGAGGUAGGAGACGGGGAGCGUGGCGAGGAGGCUCCACCGAGGCCGCUGUUUAGCGGGUCGGGCUUGCUGCUAGUCCCGACGGCCCAGUAG